UACGCUUCCAUCCAUCUUGAGCAGCCAGAGGGGAAGGUGUCGCGUGAACGCGCCCCCCGCCCCUUUCUUGCCUCCAUGCGCGCCCCGGUUCCCGACUCCAACUCGGCGUGAGCCCCGGGCACAGACUAGCCUCGGCGGGGGAGCGAGAACGAUGGAGGAGCGGCUCGGAGGGAGACUCCUGUGGCUGGCCGCGUUGUCCGGCGUCUUCUGCAUGGACAUGGUACUCGGGAAAUAUGUCAAAGGCGUCGUGGACACCAAGGAGGACUGGGUUUUCCUCACGCGCUUCUGCUUCCUCACCGACUUUGGACGCCUGGAUUUCCGGUUCCGUUACCCCAAGUCUCGCUGCUGUCAGAACAUCUUACUCUACUUUGACGAUGCUUCUCAGUGGCCGGCUGUGUACAAGAGGCCCGAAAAGGACUGCUACCAGAAGGAGGCGGUGCUGCGGCCCGAAAACAACCAGGUCAUCAACCUCACCACCCGCUACACCUGGUCGGGAUGCGCGGUUGAGGGUGACGACGGCGGCGAGGAGGUGCUGAGCUGUGUGGGUGGCCGCAGCUUCCGCUCGGUGAGGGAGAGGUGGUGGUACAUCGCGCUCAGCAAAUGCGGGGGCGACGGCCUUCAGUUAGAGUACGAGAUGAAGCUGACCAACGGCCAGUCUUUCUGGACGCAGCAUUUCUCCGCCGAUGAGUUCGGAAUCCUGGAGACAGACAUCACCUUCCUGGUCAUCUUCUCCGUGGUCUUCCUGCUGUCCUGCUACUUUGCCUACAAUCUGAAGGGCAGACAGCUUCUCCACACCACCUACAAAAUGUUCAUGACAGCCGCAGGUGUGGAGGUGCUCAGCCUGCUGUUCCACUGCGUCUACUGGGGCCUCUACGCUCGGGAUGGCGUCGGCAACGGCAGCCUGAAAAUACUCGGGAAAUUACUCUUCUCACUCAGUUUCCUGGUGUUCCUGCUCAUGCUCAUUCUACUGGGCAAAGGUUUCACUGUCACCAGGGCAAGGAUCAGCCAUAGCGGCUCCAUCAAGCUGAGCAUCUACAUGACCGUCUACACAAUCACCUACGUCAUCCUCUUCAUCUAUGAGGCCGAGUUCUUUGAUCCCGGCGAAGUUCUGUACGCCUACGACAGCCCGGCGGGCUAUGGGCUGAUGGGCCUGCAGCUUUUGGCCUAUGUGUGGUUCUGCUACGCCGUGCUGGUGUCGCUUAAGCACUACCCCGAAAAGCAGCCCUUCUAUGUGCCUUUCUUCACAACCUACACUCUAUGGUUCUUUGCUGUUCCGGUGAUGGCUCUCAUCGCCAACUUCGGCAUCCCCCGUUGGGCUCGGGAGAAGAUCGUCAACGGCAUCCAGCUGGGCAUCCACCUCUACGCCCACAUCGUCUUCCUGGUGAUAACGCGCCCGUCGGCCGCCAACAAGAACUUCCCGUACCACGUGCGCACCUCUCAGAUCGGGAUCCUGCUGUCCAGUCCUAAAGGAGGGGAGGGCGGCGAGAGCUUCCCGCACCACGCCUACGGCAACGGCUCCUUCCUGGGAGACUCGCAGCCCAACUUCACCGAGCUCUUCUCCAUCCACUCGGAUCCUGUCAAGACAGUGGAGGAAACGGUGCCGCGGAAGGUCCCAGACGUGCCGAAGAACAGCGAGCACAAGAUAAUAACCACCUCGGCCGCCGUCGACAACCUGGCAUCCAUUUUACCGCCACUCCCACCCCCCAUCCGGCCGCGGACGGCCGCCGUUGCCGCACGCUCUCCCCCACCCCCCAUGCGGCUCCCGUCCUUCACAGAGUACUUCAGUAUGCAAGGUGGCGUCGUGGGAGGAGGUGGCGUCGCGGGAGGAGGCGGAGGUGCCGUCGCGGGAGGAGGCGGCGGCGGCGGCUUCGGAUCAAAGGCGUGAAAACGGGAACACAGAGUGAGUACAAAAUCGAGACAUUACGGAAGGAGCACACAAAAGCGCUCGUUACAAGAGAAGCAAUAAAUAUUUGACCAAUAGAAGGAACUCUGAGCAACACGCGGGAAAGAAAACUGAGAAAAGACCCAAAUCGUUUUUUUUUGUUUGCUUUUUUUUUGUUUUUCAUAAUUGUAAAUAGCUUGACAUUUUGAUUUUCUACCUUAGUUGUAUUUAAGUUCAAAAGUUCACGCCAUCACAUUUCACUUCUUUUCGAAAAGAAGCGCUACUAUUUUUAAUUGUUUUUAUGUUUCUACAGCACACAUUUGGAUUAUAGAAAAUGAUAUUUAUUUUUAAUAUGAGUCUUGUUCAUUUCUGUAUUGGUAGCAUGACUUUUGAGAGGAUUUGGGGAGGCGGAGGGGAGAUCUCAAAAGUUUCAAGGCACCACUUUUUAUUGUUCUUCGGCUUCAUCACAGCUGGUUAUUCCGGUUGAGUGAAAUGCUGUAAAUGUUCAAAGUCUCUUCUGGUAUUUUGGGGGGACAAAAACACGCAUGUUUGUGUCGUAGUCCCCUCGAUAAAUCCGCUCUCUAUAUUCAGUAUUAGCUUAUGGUAUGUAUUAAACAUUUAGCUUCUGUAUUAAUACACACAAUAGGCUUCGGUGUUCUAAUAAUCUGUCAUGUUUUUCAUCGUAAAAUUACAAUUUGGGGAUUUUACAGGUCUUUAUCCAAAUGGUCAAAAGAUCAAGGCUCACAGCCAGCCGAAUAACCGUCUUGCUAACUCGCUAAAACAACUUGACGUUUUUACACCCAAGUGUCCCCUAAUUGCUUACGGAAAGAUAGGCAAGAUAAUUCCCGCCUGAAAUCAACAUGAAUGUUUUAUUGUGCUUACAUUGUCUCAAUUCCGUGGAUAGCUGCGGUGGCUAAUGCUAGCAAGUAUCCCGUAGCGUUGCGUCCAAGUCGGUGAGGUCCAAUUAAAUUCUGGACUCAAAUUUAGUUAAAAGCCUUGACUGUAUUGUUUUCAGUGUUUUUCGUAAUGUAUUUAUAGCAUGAUAUGGCUAAGUCUGCGGAAGGGCUAGCUUCACAAACACAACCCUUUUGCACCAAAGUGUUCAAACUGUGUCAGCGUUUGAAUUUCUGGUUUAACGUCAAACUACUACUACUACUACUACUACUCCGACGAUGUGUAGAAAAGCAACAAGUGUACAUUUUGUGUGUCCUGCAUGGAGCACUUUAAUGUUGCUGGUCUUGUUUGUUUGUAAUGUUGUCACCUUGCUACUUUGUUGUUGCCACAGCGAGACACAUGCUUAAGUGUGCACAUGUAAAUAUCACCUGUGUGGUGGCGAUUGUACCACCAGCUUCUGUUAAAACAAAUUAGGACAAAAGAAAGAAGUGGGCAGUAUGAGAAAAUGGCAUCGGCGUAGAUACAUUAACAACAGUUUUCGUUAUUGUCGAGCUCCAAGUACAAGUUUUUAAUACAAUGUGUGUCAUUUAAAACCUUUUGUGAUAAAUACAAAAAUUCAAUAGUGAACCCCCAUUUAGCCCGCCAGAUACAUUCAUGAUAAGUUAAGACAGGCCCUCCAAUAUAAUAACACACUUGAAAAUAUUCCUUUGCGCCUCUUCUCAUGUAGCGAUAAACGGUAUCGUAUGACAUCGCUUUGUGGAAAUCUAACGACUCCUUACCUCAGUGGAGCCAGUAUGCUUGCUUCAAACGUUUUGAAAUGUUUACUGUGAAACGGACCCACAAAACAAAAGAGAAUUAUCCAUCCAUCCAUUUUCUGUACCGCUUAGUCCCCACUGGGGUCGCGGGCGUGCUGGAGCCUAUCCCAGCCGUCAUCGGGCAGUAGGCGGGGGACACCCUGAACCGGUUGCCAGCCAAUCGCAGGGCACACAGAGACAAACAACCAUUUGCACUCGGACUCACACCUAGGGACAAUUUGGAGUGUUCAAUCGGCCUCAAAAGAGAAUUAAACAUUGUAUGUUUAAAUACGAAAAUGUUCAACCAAACCAUGUUGUUUUGUUUUAACAACACAAAGAGACAGUGUGCUUUUAAACCGAUGGCACACAAUUAUAAAUGUGUUCUCGUUUAGAUUUCAAGUAGGACACAAACUAUGAACAGCGAUUGCUGUGUUGUCUCCCGCACCCCUGGCCUGAGAUUCCAGUACAAAGUAAUACUGGAAUGACUUGUUGUAUCGUGCGUAUAUGUGAUGACUCGUCUUAUGUAUGUUAUGUCUAUUUUUGUUCCGUCACCAUAAUUGCACACCCGAUCGCUGCUUUGCGCACACAAACAAACACACACAGGUGGAGUGUUGAACUGGACCAGAUGAUGAUUUAUGUACGCAUGACAGAGAAGAGCACAGCGUUUUUUUUUUUUUUAAAGCUCCUCCGGGUGAGAGCACAUAGUACUGAAGGAAGCACUGUUUAAAUGCAUUUUAAUGGUGUCAAAUAUGCUGUAGAUUAUGAUACAGUUUUGGCCAAAAUAAUAAUUAAAACAUGUUUUACUACAGGUCUCGUGUGCUUUAUUUACUGCUGCCUUCAAGGGACAGAAAAAAAAGCCAAUGCAAUAUUGCAAUUGCCUUUUUCUGACGUUUGUAUCCCCCCAAAUACAAAUAGGCUACAAAAUCCUUUUUUAUAUUAGAAUAAAGCAAACAAUACAAAGAACAACCUUUUUAAAUGUGUUCAUGGGAACAUUUGUCUUUGACAUUGUUUUUAAACCAACUUUUACAAAAAAAUAUGUCAAGGGGAGAGAAUACUCAAUAUUCAAUUUAGUUCAAUUCUGGCGCCACCCUAUGUCCGAAUGAAGUACCUGCUCAAUUUUGCUUGUUCACGACAGGUUUUGGUUUCUUGUUGGCCACCAUACUCAUUCUGAUUAUGAACAAGUGAGGUUUUAUUUGAUUUAACAAUGGAGUUUGUUUCACAGAGCAAAUCUUCUGGUCAACAAGACUCAUCCAAGAAAUGAGCUAAAUUAAAUUAGAAGAAAAAAAAACUAGGUACGAGUAGCAAGUGUCCAUUGUUUCACAGCUUCGGUGCAGAGUUGGCCUUGUCCUCGCGGUAGCCCGCCAGCAGCUGGUUGAUUAGAGUGAGCGGGUUUUGUUUUCUGACCGGGUAGAGCGGCGGAAAAGGGUUGCCCUUGUACUCCAGCACGGCCAUCUUGGCCCGGUCCAGGUUCUGCCGGUUGGGAAUGCGGGCCAUACGCGUGUAGCUGUCUGAAUGCCGUUCGAAGCGCGGGGCCAGCACCUUGAACAGUUUUGGUACCAGGUCCUUUUCCUGCCAU